AUGGAGGGGCUCCUGAGUGGCACCCACACCCGAUUACUGCCACUACUGCUGCUGCUGCUACUACUGCUGCCACCAGGCCCAGCCUGGCAUGCAGCUGCCCAGCGCUGCCCUCAGACGUGCAUCUGUGACAACUCCAGGCGGCAUGUGGCCUGCCGGCACCAGAACCUCACCGGGGUGCCCGACAACAUCCCUGAGCUGACCCAGCGCCUGGACCUCCAAGGCAACCUGCUGAAGGCUAUCCCCCCAGCUGCCUUCCAGCACCUGCCGUACCUCACCCACUUGGACCUGCGGCACUGCCAGAUGGAGCAGGUGGCCGAGGGGGCCUUCCGUGGCCUGGGCCGGCUGCUCCUCCUCAACCUGGCCUCCAACCGCCUGCGUGAGCUGCCCCAGGAGGCCCUGGAUGGGCUGGGCUCGCUGCAGCGGCUGGAGCUGGAAGGGAACCUGCUGGAGGAGCUGCGGCCUGGGACAUUCGGUGCCCUGGGUGCGCUGACCACGCUCAACCUGGCCCGGAAUGCUCUGGUUUACCUGCCAGACAUGGCCUUCCAGGGCCUGCUGCGUGCGCGCUGGUUGCAACUGUCCCACAACGCACUCAGCGUGCUGGCCCCCGAAGCCCUGGCCGGCCUGACUGCCCUCCGCCGGCUCAGCCUGCAUCACAACGAGCUCCAGGCCCUGCCCGGGGCUGCCCUGUCGCAGGCCCACAGUCUGGCUCGGCUGGAGUUGGGCUACAACCCGCUCACCUAUGCAGGAGAGGAGGACGGGCUGGUGCUGCCAGCCCUGCGGGAGCUGGCACUGGACCAGGGCACCCUGCAGGCCCUGGAUCCCCGUGCCUUCGUCCACUGCCCGCGCCUGCGCACCCUCGACCUGCGAGGGAACCAGCUGGCCACGCUGCCCCCGCUGCAAGGGCCGGGCCAGCUGCGCCAGCUGCGGCUGCAGGGGAACCCGCUGCGGUGUGGCUGCCAGGCACGGCCCCUGCUUGAGUGGCUGGCGCGUGCGCGCGUGCGCGUGGACGGCGUGUGCAGAGGGCCACGGCGGCUGCGGGGCGAGGCCCUGGACGCCCUGCGGCCGUCGGACCUGCGCUGCCCCGGAGAUGCCGAGGAGGAAGAGGAGGAGGAAGCCGAGCGCGUGGCCGCCGGUCCCCACGGCUCUCCGCGCGCCCUUGGGGAGGGAGUUGCAGCGGCUGCGCCCUGCCCACGCACUUGCGUGUGCGCCUCCGAGUCCCGGCACAGCACUUGCGAGGGCCUCGGCUUGCAGGAAGUGCCCCGCGGCUUCCCCAACGACACUCUGCUACUGGACCUGAGGCGAAAUCCAUUCCGGGCGGUGCCCAGAGCUGCUUUCCCCGGCCUGGCCCACCUGGUGUCGCUGCACCUGCAGCAGUGCAGCAUCGCGGAGCUGGAGGCGGGGGCCUUGGCGGGCCUUGGCCACCUCACUUACCUCUACCUCUCCGACAAUGAGCUGUCGAGCCUCAGCGCUGCUACCUUCGAAGGAGCCCCUCGCCUGGCUUACCUGUACCUGGAGCGCAACCGCUUCCAGAAAGUCCCCAGUGCCGCCCUGCGUGCCCUGCCCAGCCUCUUCUCCCUGCACCUGCAGGACAACGCUGUGGAACGCCUGGCACCUGGUGACCUGGCGGGGGUGCGGGCCUUGCGCUGGCUCUACCUGAGUGGAAACCGCAUUACCCAAGUGGACCCCGGAGCGAUGGGCCCCUUGAAGGAGCUGGAAAAGCUGCACCUCGACAGGAACCAGCUGCGGGCAGUGCCCACCGGCUCUUUGGAGGGCUUGCCUGCCCUCCUGGAACUGCAGCUCUCUGGGAACCCGCUCAGGGUCCUGCAUGCCGGCGCCUUCCGGCCCGUGGGCCGCUCCCUGCAGCACCUGUUCCUGAACAGCAGUGCCCUGGAGCAGAUUUCUCCAGGGGCCCUCUUGGGCCUGGGCCCUGGACUGCGGAGCCUGCACCUGCAGAAGAACCACCUUCGGGCUCUGCCCGCCCUGACGGGGCUCGAGCAGCUGGAGCUCAUCGACCUUAGCGGCAACCCCUUCCACUGCGACUGUCAGCUGCUCCCGCUGCACAGGUGGCUCACUGGGCUGAACCUGCGGGUGGGGGCCACCUGCGCCACGCCUCCCAGUACCCGUGGUCAGAGGGUGAAGGCUGCAGCUAGCAUCUUUGAAGCCUGCCCGAGUGUAGCUGCCAGGAAGCCCAUGAGGGCCGCAGCAGCCUCUGGGCCUGGUGCCAGGAGCCCAUCUAUCCAAGGAUUGCAGGAAGAAGGCAAGGUUAGUUCUAGGAGGGCGGGCCAGGCCCCAGAGCUGCUCAGGCUCACUGGAGCUGGGCACAGACCCUCCCAUUCUCAACGUCAGGCUGUGCCCUGGGGCAGUGGGGUCUAUAGGACAUGGUUGUCGCCUUCUGUGAGGUGCUGGCUUUUCAGGUGAGCCCCCACCCUCGGUCCCAUGUCUCCAUGAGUUCAUUCCUGCUC